GAGCGCUUUGGUAAUCUCGUCACAAUUAUUGAUAUAUUUGUGACACCUCGCGAAAUGCUUCGUGUGUCACUUGACAAAUAAUUUACGAGCCGUACAGUUUUAAUCAUCACUUUUCUUGCACGCAUUUGACUAGAAGGAUCUCAUAAAUGAUAAAAGAAUUUCUUUGAGGUUUAAGGUGAAAAAAUAUGAAGAAAUCAUUUUUCGUUAUACACAUUUGUUUUUAUUUUUAUGCGGUAAUAAUCGGAUUAAAUUGCUCACUCGUCUUCGAAUUGUUCUCUGAGGAUGAAAAAUUCGAAACUACCAUUGCGAGUUUUGAUACAACUUCGGCACAUUCCUGCCUUAUCCUCUGUAACGCAACAACUGGGUGUUUUUCGGUAAAUUUCCAUAAAGAAAACGAAAAGUGUCAACUGACUGAUUAUUAUCCUCUGAGAGGGACAAGUACCGGUGUAACCGAGGCCGGCUGGAAAGUGUACUUUCGACGCUUCCCAAAUGUCAACCUUCUGGACGGUGCAGUGGCGUGGCAAUCCUUAUCGGGUGGUACGAGUGCCGAAAAGGCAAUAGAUGGCGUGACGACAAGCUUUGCCACUAUCACCACUUCCUGUUUCUACCAGGAGACGGGUAAUUCAUACUGGGCAGUGGAAUUUGGUACAGCCGGUCUCGUUAAAGAAGUAGACUUAUAUCUCUACAGUCUAGAUUCAUAUUACCGAAACACUGGUUUUACAGUCAGUGUAGCUACAACCCGUAAUGAUGUCAUUAAUGACGUAGGAACAGUCUGCGGAACCUACUUUGGUCCUGAAGUCAGCACAGCGCCAUUUAAGUUAACGAUGGUGUGUGAAAAUGCGAUUUACGGAAAGUUUCUAAAAGUCCAACACACAAACGGUAAUUUCAUGCAACUUUGCGAAGUUGUUGUUCGCACGCCGUUCAACUAAGGAGAAGGUUAAACACAGUUCUGCUUUGUAUUUGUGCACAAUGUCCUAGUAAUAAUAAUAUACAUAAAUAAGUACAUGUUUUAAGAUAAGGAGGGGAAUAUCCGCCGGAAGUAUAUUAUCUUGAUCACAUGUUUAUAUCUAAAUACUACUACUUAUCCCAUGUAUGUUGAUUGCAUACUGAUUUAUUGUUUUGCAUACGAAAACGAAAUGUGAAUAAUAAAUUUCAAGCUGCAUGUAUACUCAUGUAUACGCACAUUAAAUUUAAUUGAUGCUGAUUUAGCAAAUUAUGUGUAUUUAUGCUAAUUACUUCUUUGCACAAGAUACUUAAAUAUGUUAUCUUUGUCUCUGAUUGCAUAUUAGUUGCUUUUUUAGAAUAUGUGUAUAUUAAUAUACUUUGUUUACUUUUAUGUUGCACAUCGCUUCUUUUAAAAUCAUCAAAAUUCAUUAGGCCUACGCUCCUAUGCGUGCCAUAUUAGAAAAAAAGCUUUGAUCAUACUGCGUGCAUAUCCAUAAAGAGAUACCCGGAAAUUCCGAAUGGAAUGGAAAAGAUAUGGACUGGACAUUACUAUCAGUGCUCUAUCAUAUUUAUCACGGGCUGCGCAACUGGGUCUUGUUUGCAAUAUGUCAUAUAGACUAAUUAUACAGCAAAUUCAUGAAUAUUUAUUAUUUAAAAACCCACCUGUGAAGAACACAUUUUAUCCACAACACUUGACCAUCUAUUUUAAUAAAAAAGAGUUCUUCCACGCCAUAUGAUGUCAGAUUUAACGUCAAUAAACUGUCAAAUGAGGUCAGGAAAAUUACUUCUAAACAAAAUGUAGUUCAACAUAUUUUUAUUAAUUUCCGUCUUUUUAUUAGCAUGUUAGAAUGGAAAUAGAUAUUAAUGUUUCUUACAUUGUAGUAAUACUACAAUAACGCACGGUCUGUCGUGCAAAUGCUUUGUAAUAAUAACGGCCUUCGUGAUUUUAUUCAUACACAUAACCGUUAAUUAUUCUACAAAAAUUCACUCAAAAAUGAUAUCUAUUUCCUACCGCAACAAAUUGUUUAAAAUGUAUAUGGUCUAUGUUUUGAUGUAUAACGAGAGACGUAUGUAAAUGUAUAUGUUAAAUAAAAUUGUGUUC